AUGACGGAGCUGAAUCAAGUCAAGGUUCAAGUCCUCUUGGAUAUCAUCAACUCCUCCGCACAUCAAGCAAUCGCAGAAUACAACAAAACUGGUCAUGGAGUCCCUGGUAUCGACGCAGGCACCCUCCACCCCCUCGACUUCGCGACCGAUACACUUGCCCUCAGAAAGGCAAUCAGGCUACUCGAGGGUGCAUGCGAGCAAUUGAACACCAUACUGGCUCCCCCCCAAUACACGGCAUAUAAUUUUGUCAAUAAUUACAAUUGGGCGUGCAUAGACGUCGCUUUGCAAUCACGUAUUGCAGACGUCUUGGACAAACACCCGCAAGGUCUUAGUGUGGAUGCGUUGGCUAAUGCAGUCGACCUCGAUAAGGCCAAGAUCGCACGCGUCUUGCGAGUUUUAGCCCUCAGGGUUAAGCGAGACGUAUUCGCAAACACGCGACUUUCCCUCGUGCUCAAGUCAAAAAGCAACGUCGCGGCUUAUAUACAACGUCAUCGAGAUUUCGCAAAAUAUGCUACGGUUCUCCAUGAGACUAUGACCGACCAAGAGUUUGCAAGAUCGAGCGAGGUUGACAAAACCCCUCGAGCAUUUGCUCUCAGAAAGGAAGGCAAAGACGACAAGUUCUGGGAGAUGGACGAUGAGGCACGCGAUAUAUUUCACAGAAGCAUGGCGGGCUAUUCUGAGAUCCAGAGCUGUUCUGCGGUGUUGCAUCACUACCCUUGGGACAAUGUAUCCUCUGUGGUGGAUGUCGGAUCUGGAACGGGAGCCAUGUCUAUUCCUCUGGCGAAAAUGUUCCCUAAUCUCAGAAUAACCAAUCAGGACCUCCCAGAAGCUUUAGAGCUGUCAAGAAAUAUAUGGGAGAAGAAUGCUCCUGAGGCGCUGCUCGGCGGGCACAUAGAGUUCGUGCCAUUGAAUUUCUUAGAGGAGUCACCUGUUGUCGGAAAGGAUGUUUACUAUAUGAGGAGCAUCAUUCACGACUGGCCGGACAAUGAGUCGAUGGUGAUUCUCCAUAAUAUUCGCAAAGUAAUGGGACCAAACAGUCGGGUGUUGAUUCAUGAAUGCGUGCUCUUGCGCCCAUUUGAAGAGCCUGACGUAGGGGCUAACGAGUUUAGUAAGGAUCAUAAGGCACCCGAACAUACAUUAUUGAACUUCGGUAGUCACACACCAUACCACCUUGACAUGGUCAUGUGGCUUUGUUUUAAUGGCAAGGAGCGAACCUUGAACGAAAUCAAGAAUAUUGCGCAAGUUUCUUCCAUGCCUGGAUACGUUGACGAUGUUUGA